AUCAACGUUGGUCAGUAGUCACGCGUUGCACCUGGAAGAAAGUGCCCACUGUUUGUCCUCAUCGUCAAAUUCAAAUUUAACAUCAGUUCGAAUUUAAUUGUCGGCUAAAUCUGUUCAGUUUUUUUUAAAUUUAUCAUGGUAAUUAACUAUCGUCAAUUGGUUUUACGUUGAUUCAAAUAAAUAAUAAAAUAAAUUUCAGAACUUGUUUGUGUUCUUUAAAAUGGGAUACGUUAUGAUGAUCAUAACACUGGUGCUGAUGUUUUGGGCAUCGAUGGUAAGAAUGCAUGAAUUGCCUGUCCAAUAUCCCCCGUGUUUUUUCAACCCUCUGUGCACCUGCUCGAAAGCGAUCCCUGAUCUGGGGAUCGUUAAUUGCGAAAACGUUCCCAUGUCGCGGAUUCCCGAGCCUAUUAACUCGUCAAAAGUAUUUAUACUUCAGCUUGGCAAUAAUGGGUUGCGACAGCUCCAGCCUCAAUUCCUCAUGAAUACGGGCCUUUAUAAUUUACAAAUCCGAUAUAAUCCGCUGGCUGAUAUACCAGACGAAGCCUUUCUAGGGCUUGAAAGAUCAUUAUGGGAACUUGAAUUACCAUACAAUCAAUUAGUUCAAGUACCCAGUAAAUCGUUUCGCCAUUUACAGAAACUCAAAAUUCUCGACCUGACUGGUAACCAGAUAUCAACGAUAGCCGCAGAUAAUUGGCGAGGUCUUGAAAAUUCUUUGCACACAUUGCGUCUUGGUAAAAAUCACAUUGACAAAUUGCCCGCGGAUGCCUUUUCGGGACUUAGUUAUCUCGAAAUUCUUGAUUUGCGGGAGAACAGUCUCAAGGAAAUAGACUCCUCGGUCUUCCGGGAUGGAAUGGCCCAUUUGGCCCAGCUGUAUUUGAACGGGAAUCAGUUGACGAUGAUACCUUACAGUCAAUUGUCGACGUUAAAGCACAUGAAAGUACUGGAUCUCAGCUACAAUCGAAUUGCACGGGUCAUACAACCGCAAAUGGAAGCCGAAAUCCGCGGGGUACAAAUUUCUCUUGAUACACUUCGUCUUGAUUACAAUCAAAUAGAAGUUCUGCCACCGGGAUCAUUUCAACAUUUUUUCCGAGUUAAUAAAACUUAUAUGAGUGGAAACCCUUUGAUGGAAAUUGAGGAUGGCGCAUUCAGAGAUUCUAAAAUAAAGGAACUUUAUUUUACGGAUUGUGAAUUGAAAGAAGUUGACUCAUCUUCAUUACGCGGACUUGAAUCAUCGUUAGAGCUUUUAGAUUUAUCAGGAAACAAUAUUACAGAGUUGCAGCAAAAUAUAUUUCAAGAAUUUGAUUUUUUAAGGACAUUAAUAUUUAAGGACAACAAAAUAACAACUUUUUCGCCAGUCGAAGUAUUCACUGGCUUCCAGUACUCGCUGUACAAUUUAGAUCUGAGUGGUCGACUAAAUGCAGCCAUAUCUCUUCAAGAUUUACGACAAAUGCGCAAUCUCCGUUUUCUCGCUCUGUCAAAAUUGUCACAAGACUCAUUAUCGGCGAAUGACUUUCUUGAAUUUGGUAUUGACGUUAAAGAAUUGCGUAUUACACGCAGUAAUCUCAACAGCAUUAAGGGUCACGCAUUCACCCACGUCAGAGGAAUAAAAUAUUUAGAUUUUUCGGAAAAUUCUAUUUCUUCAAUUGACGAUGAAGCGUUUUCCGAAGUGGGACAUUCUCUGCUGACACUUAAAUUUGCUCAUGGGUUGUCUAGUUCCAUAAGCGAACUGCCUAGUAAACCAUUCAAAUCUUUGACAAACUUGCAGUAUCUUGAUCUAAGUAAUAACAAAAUUCGUUCAAUGCCCGAUACUUCCUUUCAUUUUUUGAAACGAAUAAGGAGAAUUGAAUUACAAGAUAAUGAAAUAACUGAAAUACGUAAAGGAACUUUUCAAGGCGACAUACACUCGACACUAGAAGAAGUUGAUUUUGCGUUCAAUCAUAUUACAAAUUUGCAAACUCAUACAUUUGUCGAUUUAUCGUUAAUGACAUUUUUGAAUUUGCAAGACAAUAAUAUUGAUAAAAUAGAACGACGUGCAUUUAUGAACAUGAACCGUCUCAAGUAUGUCAAUUUACGCGGUAACAAAAUUAAAAGUAUUGUAGACGAGGCCUUUCAAAAUUUGCCAGACCUUGAAUUUUUGGAUUUAGCUUACAAUAAAAUGAAUGAAUUUGAUUUUGCGUGGUUUGAUCAAGUAGGAACUCUCGCUUCUUUUAAAGUUAACGCGAGUCAUAACUCAAUAACUAAAUUGGAAAUAAAUAGCUCGAGUUUCACACCAGCUACGAGUAUGUAUUUCAAUAUGGGAGGGACAUUGCAAUCAAAUAUCCGCGUGUUGGAUCUAAGUCACAACAACAUCACGGAAAUAAUGAAGUAUUAUUUCCGUCCAGUGGAGUACGCAUUGACUCAUUUGUAUUUAUCUCACAAUGAAAUAGUAAACAUGUCGCAAGCGGUGUUUGGAAACUUGCCGCAUCUCCAGUGGCUCGAUUUGCGUCACAAUGAUCUUAUUGAUAUAGACUUUGAUUGCUUCCGCAACACUAAAAAUAUCCAAGUCCUACUGCUGUCCCACAACAAUAUUGUGGACAUUCCCCCGGAAACUCUCCGAAGCUUAAAAAAAUUACGAAUACUAGAUCUAUCAUUCAACAGACUCCGUAUUUUGCCAGAUAAUUUUUUCAAUGAUGCGAAUAUCGAGAGUCUUGAUCUUUCUAACAAUCAAUUUAUGCGACUGCCAACGAAACCAAUUGCCGGUGUAGCAGCAGCUUCUAUUUCAAUCCUUGAUCUCUCAUGGAAUUAUUUAUCAAGCAUCAAUAUCGCUGAUUCUAUGAAUAAAUUCCGUAGUCUUACGUAUUUAGAUUUGUCUUACAACAGACUAGUCCGUCUAGAUGAUGCUGUUUUCACAGAACUUCAUCACCUAACGUACCUGGAUCUUAGCAAUAAUAAACAACUGAUUCUCGAGAAUCACGGGCGCACUUUUUUCGGUCUAGAUGACUCACUACUGACUCUCGGUCUCAGUAACAUCUCGCUCCUGACUAUCCCCGAACUUCCAUUCCGUCAUCUACGGACUCUCUACAUGUCAAACAACGAACUCGCAUCAAUUCCAGCUGAACUGGCAUCAAAUCUGUCCUCCCUACAUCAUCUUGAUCUCAGUCACAACGACCUGACAGUCGUCCCUCUUAUCACUCACACACUUUUCGAACUAAAAUCAUUCAAUCUCGCAUACAAUCCCAUCACGACCGUAUCCAACACCAGUUUCUUAGGACCUGCUGACAGUCUCAUCGAACUGGAUAUUCGUCAUCUUCCGUUAUCAACUUUUGAGGCAGGAGCAUUUUGCAAAGCGUCUAAACUUCAAACUCUUCAUAUCACUGCUUACACAACAAUUAAAAAUUUCAAUAUUCCCAAUCUUCUUGAGUACAACCACGGGCUGAAAAAUUUACAUGUCGAUAUACACAACGAGACAACUUUGGAGAAAGAAAUGAAAGGAAGAUUUCCCGUUAAAUUGUCAAAUUUUACUUUUACUGGGCGAAAUUUGAAAACCAUUGACACUGAUAUUUUACAAGGAAUGCGAAGUCCGCAUCUUCAUUUCGGUCUCUACAAUACCUCUGUCAGUAAAGUACCGAGAAAAUUAUUUGAAAAUGCACGCACAGUACGCAAUAUAACUGUCGAUCUACAUAACAAUGAUCUUAAGACACUUGAAAAUCCAUCAAACGGUUACAGACCCGGGGCAACGGAUAAAAAAUUUUUAAUGCGAUUACGAAUGCAAGGAAGCGCCGUUACUUGUGACUGUGAAAUAGGAUGGAUUGAAGGCUGGCAAAGAAAACACAGACAGUAUCAAGAAGACAGAUGUAAUACUUACCCGCUUCAUCAGUACGACUUUGAACGUGACGAAGAAAAUGAAUACAGCUGCUGGGACAACGGUUGGGAUGACGAUUUACGCGAGAGUUUCUGUGCUAAUAAAAAUAACAUGUCAGUAAUCCAAGCUCUCAAGGCAGAUAUCGAGUGCGGCUGGUCGGCGGCUCCUUCUUAUCAAGCGCCGAAAUUAUUUGUACUAAUUAUCUUAAUUAUUGCGGCUAGAAAUCUAAACUGAAGAUGAAAAAUUUCGAGUUUAUUUGAUAAUUACUAUAAAAGUAAUUGUGUAUAAAAAAAAAAAAAGAGCGAUUGUCAAAUAAUUUUAAUUGCUGUACGGGUCAAUUGUACAGCAGGAAACAAUACGUAAGAUCAUUUGCAAUAUUGGCAGCCAAAUAAGUCCCACUAUAAAUGUGAGACUCAGAUAAACGAACGCGAGCUGCAGUCCCAAGAGCAUUAUUUUAAUAGCCAUCUCUUGGCGGUCUUUUGUUUUUUUUAUGUCCAGUGUUUUGUCCAAAAUAAAACGCAAAAUGAAUAAAAGUAUCUAAAAUAAAUUUUUUAAAUUAAUAGUCUAUUAUUAUUUUACGCGGGAGAUUUAUCAAUUUUUUUUAAUAAAUGAUAAAUCUUUUGAAGAGUUUAGAAAAUAAAUAAGUAGACGAACCAGCGUCAUUGGAAUAACAUUCACGAUAAAAUAAAAUAGCGCGAGUAGUGAUUUAGCCAUAGCUUGGCCCAUUAUUUUCAUGAGCGCUGAAAAAGUAUAUUCUUCUGAGGAAGAUAUUCCUAAAACAUUUUCUUGAUAGUCGAUUAAAUAAUUUCGUAGUUUUUCGAAUAGAUUGUCUUGGUUUUCUUUGAAUAAUUUAUCAUCUUCAUCAGCACUUUGGUUAUUAAUUUUACACAAAGACGUGGUUUCAGUAUAAGAAUAUAAAUUAUUGCAUGGAUCAAGAUUUGAAAUACUGUACAGAUUUUUACAUUUCCAUUCGGCAUUACUAAUUUUGUUAUUGUUAUUAAUGUUUAAUAAUAAAUUGGUAUCAAAUGGUCUCGAGUUUUCGUUCCAAUCCCCAGAUUUACGGUUGUCAAAUUCAUUCAACUUUAAAUCACAAUUUGUUUUUAUUAAUUUAUCUGUAUAUUUAC